AUGCUAAUUCCUUGGAUAUGUAAUCGUUUAGUAGAAACUGCUCCACAAACAGUUGCAAAAUGGACAUGUCCUCCUGGUUAUCAAUUUGAAAAGCUUUUUAUUGCAUAUGGAUAUUGUGUGACAGGUUUUCUUCGUGGAGCAAGGCCUAUAUUAUUUAUUGAUGGUUGCCACUUAAUUGGUCCAUACAGGAAAACUUUUCUAGCUGCCUCUACAUGCAAUGCAAAUAAUGACUUAUUUCUGAUUGCGUAUGCAAUUGUUAAUGUUGAAAAUAAUGAGAAUUGGCUUUGGUUCCUAUCUAAUUUGAAAGAACUAACUGGGUCAAUUCCAGUUACGUUAAUAUCUGAUAAGCAUCCAUCAAUUAUUGCAGUUGUGGAGCAAGUAUAUGAUAGGGAUAGACAUGCAUAUUGUUAUCGACAUGUUAAAGAAAAUUUUUGUGUAGAAACUAAAAAGUUACAGAAGAGAAUGAGUGGUGAAGUAAAAGAAGAUGCAAAAAAGUUACUAGAUGCACUUUGUUAUACCCGUUUUGGCACAGAGUUUACAGAAGCUGUGGAACAAGUUCGUGCAUUUUCACCAGAACUUGCAAAUUGGUUAGAGACUAAAGGAGUUAUUAACAAUUGGGCAAAGUCUCAAUUCCCUCAUCGAUAA